CAAAGUUUACCCGAGCACUGCAGGUGAAAGUGGCGGAGCAACAUCUUGAAAGGGGUCUCUGUGGGUGCUAACGCCAGAGGACGCCAGACAGGUUUACGGCAUAUACCGGAUUAUUGCUAUCUUGGGGCCAGAUCACCAAGAACUGGAAGGCGGGAAUACAGAAGGGCCAUGCGCAAGCUUUGUAGCACCGAAAUCCACUUAUAUUCCACCACAUCUCCCUCAGUAGCGAGGAGUGAAUGAAGCUCCCUCCAUCUGUCUUGGGAAGUUGUUUUCAGGGAGCUCCACGAAAAGUGUCGCCAAAGUACUGAGGCCAGAACAGCAGAACCCUUUUUUUUCCUCUUCUGCUUUCAGCCAAUAUGCACCGGAACGAUUUUCGCAGCUCUUGCCGGAAGCGUGGCUUAGACUAAUGCAAAGCAACGCAGAAUUUUGACCCUCGUGGGCGGGGUCAGAGUCGCGUUUCAGCUACCUCUCCCUUAGCCCCGGAAGUGUGUCUGUGUACAACUGCUGCUUGGAGGCGGCACAGGAAGUGUUCUCCAGGCAGAGGUUUCGGGGGGAACCUUUUGCGGCUAGGACACUUCCUGUUUCCUAGUAACAAUAGGAAGUGUCCGCGGAGCUGGGGGUAGACUCCUGGCUCGAGCCAGCUGCGCCUUCUUUCCUCUACCUCCUUCCUUCUCCGUUUUCCCCUUUCCCUUUUCCCCUCCCUUCCCACCUCCCAGGAGCCCUGGCGGAGUGUGCGUCUGUGGGAGCGCGAGAGCCCCCCCACAGCCACCCCUUGGGGCGCGCGGCUGCAGUUAGGGUGAGGGUCCCAGUGCGCAGGCGCGCUCCCGUUCGCGGUCCCCAACGGACUCAUCCGCGGCGGGAACGAAAAGGGGCCACCCGAGUGAGGCCUUGGCCCCUCCACCAGAGGAAGAUGCUGCUGUCACCUGCCUGCUCUUCCUGAACCUCCAGGUUUCUGCCACACUGCCCCAUGGAGGACGUGCCCACCUCACUCAGCUGCUCUGACUGUCAGCGCCACUUUCCUAGUCUUCCGGAACUGUCCCGGCACCGCGAGCUGCUCCAUCCAUCUUCCAAGCAGGACAGUGAGGAGGCAGACAGCAUCCCUCGGCCCUACCGCUGUCAGCAGUGUGGGCGGGGCUACCGUCACCCAGGGAGCUUGGUCAACCACCGCCGGACCCACGAGACUGGACUUUUCCCCUGUACCACCUGUGGCAAGGACUUUACCAAUCCCGUGGCCCUCAAGAGCCACAUGAGGACUCAUGCUCCGGAGGGCCGCCGUAGGCGCCGGCCUCCCCGCUCCAAGGAAGUCAUUCCACAUCUUCAAGGGGAGACAGCAUCCUCUGACUCCAGGGACCACAGGCUCAGCCCUGGGGAAAGCUGGACAAGCCAGAAAAAACAUGAGGAAGAGACCUUUGGCUGUGAGUCUGGGCUUGACCCCAGGGCAGCUUUGAGCACUUGGGAAGAUCCACCCACCCGACAAAGAGAAGGCUGGGAAAGCCAGCCAGAUUCAGAGGAGGGUGCAGAGCGCUGGGGGCCCACUACCAAUUCUACCAGAGCCACCCCGCUCCCCACCCCAGCCAGCACCCUCCUUAGCAAUUUGGAACAGUAUUUGGCUGAAUCGGUGGUGAAUUUCACAGGGGGCCAGGAGCCCACUCAGUCCCCUCCUGCUGAGGAAGAACGGCGGUACAAGUGCAGUCAAUGUGGCAAGACAUACAAGCAUGCUGGGAGCCUCACGAACCACCGCCAGAGCCACACCUUGGGCAUCUACCCUUGUACCAUCUGCUUCAAAGAGUUCUCUAACCUCAUGGCUCUGAAGAACCACUCCCGACUCCAUGCCCAGUAUCAGCCUUACCAGUGUCCCCACUGUCCCCGUGCCUUUAGGAUCCCCCGAGAGCUGCUGGAACACCAACAGUCCCAUGAGGGUGAAAGGCAAGAGCGGCUAUGGGAAGAGAAAGAGAUGCCCACCACCAACGGGCACACAGAUGAGAGCAGCCAGGAUCAGCUCCCUAGUACACAGACGCUGAACUGCUCUGGGGAGCUCAGCACCUCUGGGGAGCUAGAGGACAGUGGCCUAGAGGAGUAUCGGCCUUUCCGUUGUGGAGACUGUGGCCGUACUUACCGCCAUGCUGGGAGCCUCAUCAACCAUCGCAAGAGCCACCAGACUGGUGUCUACCCCUGCUCCAUCUGUUCCAAGCAGCUGUUCAAUGCAGCUGCCCUCAAAAACCAUGUGCGGGCUCAUCACAGACCCCGGCAAGGAGCUGGGGAGGACGGGCAGCCAUCAGUGCCACCAGCUCCCCUGCAUCUGGCUGAUACCACCCACAAAGAUGAAGAGGUCCCCACCACCACCCUGGACCACCGCCCCUAUAAGUGUGAUGAGUGUGGUCGGGCUUACCGCCACCGGGGGAGCCUGGUGAACCACCGCCACAGCCAUCGGACAGGAGAGUACCAGUGCUCACUCUGUCCCCGCAAGUAUCCUAACCUUAUGGCCCUGCGGAACCAUGUGCGGGUACAUUGCAAAGCUGCUCGCCGCAGCGCAGGCCCAGGGGCUGAGGGUCCCCCCAGCCACCUCAAGGUAGAGCUCCCGCCUGACCCCAUGGAAGCAGAGGCAGCCCCACCCACUGAUCAGGGGCAUGGGUGCAAACACAAAGAGGAGACCACUGAUGUCCCCCCAGCAGCUGAUAGGACAGCACCACAGAUAUGUAGCAUGUGUGGGAUGCUCUUUGAAGACGCUGAGAGCCUUGAACUUCAUGGCCGGACCCAUGGGGAAAGGGAAGACAGCAAGACAGAGACUAGGGUGUCCCCUCCUCGGGCUUUCGCAUGCCAAGAUUGUGGAAAGAGCUAUCGUCACUCAGGCAGCCUUAUCAACCACAGGCAGACCCACCAGACGGGGGACUUCAGUUGUGGGGCCUGUGCCAAGCACUUCCACACUAUGGCCGCCAUGAAGAACCAUUUGCGACGCCACAGUGGGCGGUGGAGCAAGCAGCACCGGAGGCGAGCUAGCAGUGCUGGCAGUGGGGGAGAAGCCAAAAUCCCAUCUGGUGGGAGCUGGGCCCAGGAGUUGGUGGAAAACAGUAAGGGCCUGGACUGUCUGCAAGACCCUUCAGGGGGAAGUCCUAAUGUAGCCCAAGGCAACUUGGAAAGUGAUGGGGGCUGUUUGCAGGCUGACACUGAAAGGGAUAGAUGUGGGCUUGAGAGGGAUGAGGCCUGUUUCCAGGGUGAUAAAGAGAGCAGAGGUACUGAGGAAGGACUGGAAAAGAAGGAGGCUUGUUUCCUUGACAACUUGGACAUCCCAGAUGAUGAGGAAAGCAAUGGGACUCGCUUCUGUGAUGAUCUCAGUGGGGUGGGUGAAGACCAGAAACUAGCCACUGACCAGCCCAGCUCCUCUUGCCACUCUCCUGAAGCUGUCACUAGCUGGCCGGCUGAGGUCUCCCACACGUGUUCUGACUGUGGGCAUUCUUUCCCUCAUGUCACUGGCCUGCUGAGCCAUAGGCCCUGCCACCCCCCAGGCAUCUAUCAGUGCUCUCUCUGCCCGAAGGAGUUUGACUCACUGCCUGCCCUGCGCAGCCACUUCCAGAACCAUGGGCCCGGGGAGGCAGCCCCCGCACAGCCUUUCCUCUGCUGCCUUUGUGGCAUGAUCUUCCCAGGACGGGCCGGUUACAGGCUUCACCGGCGCCAAGCUCAUGACUCCUCUGGCAUGACUGAGGGUUCAGAGGAGGAGGGGGAAGAGGAAGGAGCAUCAGGGGCAGCCUCCACCCGUAGCCCUCCACUGCAGCUCUCAGAAGCAGAGCUGUUGAAUCAGCUGCAGCGGGAAGUGGAGGCACUGGAUGGAGCUGGCUAUGGGCACAUCUGUGGCUGCUGUGGUCAGACCUAUGAUGACCUAGGGAGCUUGGAGCGUCACCACCAAAGUCAGAGUUCUGGGAACACCAUAGACAAGUCUCCCAGCCACUUAGAGUCAGGUGAUGCUAUGGGAAGGGUUGCAGACCAUGACCAUGUCUUUGAGGACACAGUGGCCUGCCUCUCUGGGGAGGGUGGGGACACAAAGUCUGGAGAGGGAAUAGGUGCCAUGGUUGUAGACAACCUUUGCAUGCAAGGUGGGGAAAGUUCGCUGGAGGCCCAACCCCGCCCCUUCCGCUGCAACCAGUGUGGCAAGACCUACCGCCAUGGGGGCAGCCUGGUGAACCACCGCAAGAUCCAUCAGACUGGAGAUUUCAUCUGCCCUGUCUGCUCCCGCUGCUACCCCAACCUGGCUGCCUACCGUAAUCAUCUACGAAACCACCCCCGCUGCAAAGGCUCUGAGCCCCAAGUGGGGCCCGUGCCAGAGGCAGGAGGCAGCAGCGAGCCCCAGAACAUGGCAGAAGAAGGGCUGGGGCAGGCAGAUGUGGGAAAGUUUCAGGAGGAACUUAAAGUGGAACCCUUGGAGGAGGUGGCAAGGGUGAAAGAGGAGGAGUGGGAGGAGGCCGCUGUGAAGGGGGAGGAGGUGGAGCCAAGGUUGGAGACUGCAGAGAAGAGCUGCCAGACUGAGGCCAGCUCUGAGCGGCCCUUCAGCUGUGAGGUGUGCGGCCGGUCGUACAAGCAUGCUGGCAGCCUCAUCAAUCACCGGCAGAGCCACCAGACUGGACACUUUGGCUGCCAGGCCUGCUCCAAAGGCUUCUCAAACCUCAUGUCUCUCAAAAACCACCGGCGCAUCCAUGCAGAUCCCCGGCGUUUCCGCUGCAGCGAAUGUGGGAAGGCCUUCCGCCUGCGGAAACAGCUGGCCAGCCACCAGCGGGUGCAUGUUGAGCGGGGUGGGAGUGGGGGCACUCGGAAGCUGAUUCGGGAAGAUCGGCCCUUCCGGUGUGGGCAGUGUGGACGGACCUACCGCCAUGCUGGCAGCCUCCUAAACCACCGGCGCAGCCACGACACGGGCCAAUACAGCUGUCCCACCUGCCCCAAGACCUACUCCAACAGCAUGGCCCUAAAGGACCACCAGAGGCUGCACUCAGAGAGCCGGCGGCGGCGAGCAGGGCUAUCUCGGCGAGCAGCUGUGCGCUGUGCCCUCUGUGGCCGAGGCUUCCCUGGCCGGGGAUCUUUGGAGCAGCACCUGCGAGAGCAUGAGGAUACCAAAAGUGGUCCGAGAGGUCCAAAUGGCACAGAGGGCAGUGAGGGGAACCUGGCUAAUGACCAGGGACUAGAGGACACAUCAGGUGGUACUGAGUCAGUUCUCCAGCUGGAGGAUGGAGCCAGGAGGCUGGGGGGGCAGAGUCUGAGCCCCAUCAGGGCAACAGGUUCAGAAGCCACAGAACUGGUAUCCUGGGACAUGGGAAAUGCAGAAGGGAGGCAAGGAGAUGGGGGACCAGUGGAUCAUGGUGGAGAUUGGGUUCCUCAGGGUCAUAUACUGACCAAGCCAGAAGAUGAGUCAGGGAACAGCAUCCCCAAGAGUCCUUGCCACCUUGGCAACAGCCAGUCCAAUGGACCUAGUCUGAGUCCAGUGGAUAGCUGGGACGAUGGAGACAGCCGACCUGAGCUCCGUCAAGAGAGUCACACCUUUUCCUGCAGCCACUGUGGCAAGACCUACUGCCACUCAGAAGACCCUUUGAACUGCCAUAGCCCUUCCAAGACAGACCGCCACUAUUGCCUGCUCUGCUCCAAGGAGUUCUUGAAUCCUGUGGUCACUAAGACCCACAGCCACAACCACAUAGAUGCCCAGACCUUUGCCUGCCCUGAGUGUGGUAUGGCCUUUCAGUCCCAUCAUGAACUAGCCAGCCACCUACACACACAUGCCAGCGGCCUCAGUCAGAUGCCACCCCUGAGAGAGGAGGCCAGAGGUCCUGAAGGUGGGGCUGUGAAGGAUGAGGUGGAUCUCCCUGGCCAAGGGGAAAUCCAAAAGGCCCCAUCAGAACCCCCCAGGACCCCAGGAGACAAUACUGGGAGUGCUAAUGGGGGGCAAGGAGUAAAGUCCACAGUGGCUGAAGACGAGGAACGGCCCUUCCGUUGUGCCCAGUGUGGGCGUUCCUACCGCCAUGCCGGUAGCCUGCUGAACCAUCAGAAGGCCCACACCACUGGACUCUAUCCCUGUUCCCUCUGCCCCAAACUUCUACCCAACCUGCUGUCCCUUAAGAACCACGGCAGGACCCACACAGACCCUAAGCGCCACCGCUGUAGCAUCUGUGGCAAGGCCUUCCGGACAGCUGCCCGGCUGGAGGGUCAUGGACGAGUCCAUGCACCCCGGGAAGGGCCCUUCACCUGCCCUCAUUGUCCCCGCCACUUCCGCCGCCGAAUCAGCUUCCAGCAGCACCAGCAGCAGCACCAGGAGGAAUGGACAGUGGCCAGCUCUGGAGCCCCAAAGGCACCAGCAGCAGGCAGACGGGACCUGUCCUUGCCCCCUCCACCUACCCCCACGACCCCACUUCUGGAUCCUUCACCCCAGUGGCCUGCAGACCUCAGCUUCUCCCUCUGAACUUCAAGUCUCCAAAGAUCAGAAUACAGGCGGGGUGGGGUGGGCGGGUUGUAGGGAAAGGCUUGAUCUCCAUGUUUUGCUCAGGAGUAGUUAGGCAUCCCCAUCUCUUAUUUCCCUCUCCUGCUGUGAAGAGGACCCAGAUCUGGCCUCUUGCCCAUGGAAGGGGUAAGGUGUUCCUCAUAUCCCUGUCCUUGAAGGCUCUCCUUUCCCCAGCCUUUGUCAUUAUGCUCUUCCCUAUGACCAGCCCUGCAAGAAGCCCGGUGCCAGGCUCUGCCACAAUGUGGGGCCGCUGUCACCAGCCAGAUUCCAACAAGAGGGAGAGGUGGAUUCAGAGAGCCACAGGUGGGAAUGUUGCCUAUGGAAGGGGAGCCUUUUGCUACAAUUUGUAACUUAUUUUCUAAAGUCUAUUUUGUAACAAUUUAUUUAAGUUUAAAAAAAAGGAAAAUUGCUCCCCCCCAAAAAAAGAAAAUUUCAAAGUAA